AUGGGCGUGGUCGUGCAAAUAGCGGCCAUCAUCUGGAAGGAUGUGUACGUGCAGCUAAUCAAGCGGCACUACUUCAUCGCGCUGGGAGAGAUCCUCCUGGUGGUGCUCUCUUUCACGGGCGUCGAGAACGACCGGCCAAUCCUGCCACCCGGCAAGUGUGCCAAACUGCCGUGUCUACGAUUGACCGAUCCCACCGUGUACGAGGAACGCAACCUGACUCAAUUCCGUCCACCUCAAUUGAUUCUAUACACGCCGGACACACCUCAUGCGAAAGAGCUCAUGAAGACGGCGUUUCCCUCAACACCCCCACGGACCGCCGGCUAUGUGGACUACCUAGCCUUGGCACGUGUCUUCAAGCGCCUGGCGCCCGUGCCCAAGCGGGGUCCCGAGCAGCGCAUCGUAGCCAUUCAACUACUGUCAUUCAGCUCGAAUGAAAACAAGCUACCCAGCGGCUACCCUCGGGACCUCAAGUUUAUACAAAGCAUGUACGACGAACACAGCUACCUGGCGCAGCGCUUCAAGGGCGUCACGUCGUUCGAGCCGUUGCCGACACCAGUGGGACAGCGAGAGUCUCUUGCCUACUGUCAGAUGUCCCUCACCAAGGCACACGUAAAAUUGGUGGGUGAUCAGAUGGGCUCGCACCCGCCGGAGUACGCGUUCUGGACGAGCAGAAUUCCCGAAGGUCCGUUCCCCUUGGACGAAAAGAGUGGCUACAGCCUUACCGCACUCCGCGCUGGCCUCGGCUACAUGGUCCCCUUCUGUACACUAGUGGCCCGUCUUGUCGAGGAGAACCAGAGCGGCAUGCGCGAGAAGCUGCGUCUCGUCGGCCUGAACAACGCCGUCUAUUGGCUCGGCCAUUUCGUCGCCUCUUUCUUCAUCGGCAUGGUCGCUGUGCUCUGCAACAUGACCCACAUGAUUUUCGCCCCCAACUGGCACAGCGAGUUCCACAUCACCUACCUCAUGGGCAUCGACAAGCUGGUCGUCCUCGUAACAUUUAUCAUAUUCACCCUGAUGUACAUGGUCAAGGCGAUGUUUCUGUCGCUCUUCUUCACGAGUCCCACAGCGGCGGUGGUGUUCGCGCUGUGCUACUGGCUAGGGGCGUACCUCGCGCCCUGGUUUUCGCUCGAGGAUCUGGAUGGAUAUGCUGCCGACUACAUUAUCGCAGGACGUCUGUCCAAGCUGUUGACGUCGCUGUCGCCCUGCAUGGGACUUCACUGGUGUUUCAGGAUUCUCGGUUGCGCCGUAAUCGCCGGCGAAGAUUACACCUUUCAAAUGGUGAACGAAGAGGUUCUCGGUCUGGACAACGUCAAGAUGGUUGAAAUAUGGGCCGUGAUGCUGGCCACCACCGUUUUCGUAGCCAUCAUGAUUUGGUACUUUGGCAACGUGCUUACAUGGGCGCUCGGGGUACCGUUGGAGCCGUGGUUUCCCUUCACACUCAAAUAUUGGAUACCAGGAGCGCAGGGUAGCGUAGAGAUCAUCGAACCGAAAGAACCGGACGGUUAUCGCUUCCAGAAGUACCCAACGAUUGAAGCAGCAGUCACUGUGAGCCAGCUUGAGUACGAGUGCAAGCAGAAGCACAUUCUACGCGACACAAACUUCAAAGCUUACCCCGGUGAGAUCUUGGGUAUCGUUGCACCAAACGGAGCGGGUAAAACCAGUCUAUGCAACGUUCUUACUGGCUACGCUCUUCCUAAUGCGGGCCAAGUCAUGGUCCUUGGUUACGAUAUGAUGAUGCAGACUGCCUAUGCAAGGCAGAGCAUUGCUUACAUCCAGCAGCGCGACGUGCUCUUUCCAGAGCUGACCGUUCACGAGCACCUUCUGUUUUUCGGCUCGAUGAGAGACGAGGCAUGGGCCGUGCUGGACAAGCAGCUGACUCAAGUGCGAGACAUGCUUCAGCUCGAACCAAUUAUGAACGUACUGUGCGUUAAGCUGGACGUAUCUCAGAAGAAAAUCCUGAGUCUCGCCGUUGCACUCAUCACCUGUCCAAAAGUUCUAAUAAUGGACGAAGUCAUGGUGAAAAUGUACCCGGAGACCAGGAAGAUAGCUUGGAACGCGUUGAUUUCUCUGAAGAGUACAAUGUGCAUCAUCGCGGCCACAGCAAAUGUGUACGAAGUCGAUACGCGAGCCGACAGGCUUGUCGUGUUGGGCUACGCGGCCCACAAGUGCUACGGCACCACAGCUUUUAUACAGAGACGUUACGGCUGGGGAUACACUGUAAAGGUAAUGAAAGGUCCGCAGUUCAGGGCCCGAAAUGUCCUGGCAGCCGUUCGCCAGACAAUACCGGAGGCUCACGUGCUACAAGACCACAGGAUGUAUGCUGCCAUUGGGCUUGGACAACACACCGACUACACUCCCGUGGCAACAGUGCUGAAUAGACUCGAGGCUGAGCAGCGCCAGUUCGGCAUAAGCUCGUUCACAAUCAUUGUGGUUACGAUGGAAGACAUCUUCUUUCGCAUUGUACUCGAAAUGGACUCGGGUGACUACCAGUACAAGGCCAACUUGGAAAAGGCGAUGGGCAUAGACGCGAAGAGGGGUGCCGGUGUCGAUGACCCCGUGGACUACACCAUGGCCAACCUUACCGUUAAUACGGAAGACCUGGGUGGCAUUGUUGCCGGUGGCGAGAAGUACGAAUCGUCCCUCGAAAUCCAACAGCACGUCAAGGCUGUCUACGACUUGAAGCCCGGCAAGCCCACUUGGGGACAACUGUUUAUGGCAAUGAUUAUCAAGCGUCGCCAAUACACCUGGCAAACCUUGGCGUUGCCCUUGUUUUGCUUCAUCGUGCCUACCGUGAUCCUUAUCCUGCGCGGGGAGCUCGAGAUGGUCGCGGGACCACGGGUGGCGGUCGAGUUUUCUCCCGACAACUUCAUCUACGACCUCCGCAACUUGGACAAAACGGAGAACAUUUUCGUCGCCUUCGACGACCGAACUAAGUCAUUAGGAGAAAAUGGAUACGAAAAGUACGUCCGGUCUCACGAACUUCCCGUAGAGAGGAUUCCGAACAUUAGUAAAUUUCUGGACGAGGAAAAACGAGCAAGGGCCGGCCAGGUAAAAUACGUGUUUGGAGGCGAGUUCUCUGCCCCGAAGGACAACCCGACGAUGCGGAAGGCUGUGGCUUGGUUCAACGGCGACGCAUUCCACUCGCAGUCUUUGUCCAUCAAUGUCAUUUCUACUGUGCUCCUGCGCAAUGUGACGAAUGACGACAACAGCGAAGUAGUGGCCGUACUGCGACCAAUAAAAAAGGGCAAGAAAAUCAUCGCCUCCAGGCGCCUGCGGAAUGCACGGCAUGCAGAGACUCUCGGAGAGAUCAUAUCUUCGAGGCUGACAAAUUUUCUUUUGCUUCCGGCCGGCAUUUCAGUGGCCACGGCCAGCUUCAUCUUCUUCCCAGUGGACGACCGCGCGAGCAACUCGAAGCGCAUGCAGUUUGUGUCUGGUGUGUCGCCGGUGAUUUACUGGCUGGCUAACUAUGUUUGGGACAUGUUCAUGGCAAUGGUGGGACUGAUGUGCAUGCUGUUUCCAGGAUUUCUCUUCUACCAGCACUUCGGCAACUACGUGAUCAUCGCCAGCAUCACAUAUGCUCUCUUCAUGCACAGCAUGUUGCCAUUUGUUUAUUUCUACUCCUUUGUCACGGACUCCAUGGUCUCCGGAUUCAUGGUGGUUCAUGCAAUCACCUUCUUUUCUGGUAUGGUGUCCACAUUGGGAUACCAACUGUACAUGAUCCAUAAUGAACGCGGGCAGGACCUUGUAAGCGUAGAGCACGACCGAGAUCCAGUGCUCUGGCUGCUCUACUUCUGCCCGCCAUUCAGUGCCUCGUGGGCGCUUGUGAAGGUGGUGCAACUGAGCCUUGAAAACAUCUACUGCACGUACACCUCCGACUUGAGCGUCAUCUACGACGUGUGCGCGUUCGUCAGAAACAGCGCUGAAGACGCCGCCAUCAUGCUGACCGGCCUUCGCUACUGCUGUGCUACUUUCUACAACAGCAACCAGACAUCAGUGCACCCGCUCUCCUGGACGUCGUUCCACAGGGAUGGCGCCAUGACCGAGAUGACGGUGAUGUUUGUCGAAGGCUUGGUGUGCUUGGUUCUGCUCGUGCUCAUCGAGCACGCCGUGAUGCGUCACUGGUUCGCCCCGGCCGACGUGGUACAGGCACCAGUCGCGGAGUUGACGUCUCCGGAUGUGCUCGCGGAAUUCAACUACGUCAACAAGAUUCUCCAGCGACAAGACCUACACAAGCCCUCGCUUCUCGCGUUGGAGCUGAAGAAGGUGUACGACCGAAACGCCGCACUCGGUGGAGUGUCCUUCCACGUGGACCCCGGUGAGACGCUCGCUGUGAUGGGGAUGCUGGGCUGCGGCAAGUCCACCCUCCUGGACGUCUUGUCGGGCUUCAAGCCCGCGAGUGGAGGCACGGCCUACAUCGGCACCGUGUCGCUCAAGGAAGUGGCCCGCUGGGAGAAGUUGAUCGGACUCUGUCCCGAGUACGACGCCUUCCUGGGGCGGUUGACUGUGCGCCAGACUAUGGUGCUCCACGCGACUCUCCGCGGAGUUCAGUACCAGGACCGGGCCACGCUCAUCCAGCACAUCUUCGAACUGCUCAACCUGGAACCCGUCGCGGACGAAACCAUCGACAACUGCAGCGCGAGCAACAGGCGCAAGCUGGCCGUGGCUGUGGCCAUCGUUGGCUUGCCUCCCGUGCUGCUGAUGGACGACCCGGCGACCGGCCUGGACCACUUCGCCAAGCGCACCAUCUACAAGUCGGUGCAGAUGCUGCGGCAGCUGAGCAAGUCGGCCGUGCUCGUAGUGACCACCAGCCUGUGCGACGCCGUCAUCAUGUCCGACCGCAUGGCCAUUAUGGUGGACGGCAUGUUCCGCUGCAUCGGCAACCUUGGCCAGCUGCGGUCCAGGCUAUGCCGCGGUUUCGUGCUCCGGGUCAAGCUGAAGCCCGAGGCGUACGGUAACCCGGAGGCCUGGAAAGCCAUCGACGGCUUGGUCAAGUCGUCGUUCCCGGCGGUCCUCUUCUCGGGCCAGAUGACCGCCUUCGUCGAGUACGAAGUGGAGAAGAUUCCGCCGUGGAGGGACCUGGCGCGGACGCUGGCCAACUUGAAGCAACAGCUGGCCCAGUACACGUACGACAUACUCUUGAGCGAGGUGACGCUCGAGCAUGUCGUACUGAAGAUCGCCAAGUACCAGGUGGUGCCGAUCAGGGGCCCCAUCAUCCCGUCAUGACGGCUGCGCUGAUCGCCGGGCAGUCGCGGCCGAUGAGGCUCGCCCACGAGCGCAUCUGUAACGCGCUUUUUUGUUUUAUUUGAACAAGAAAGCGGCUCAUUACCGAUCAUGUACGCUAUAUGCUGUGCCUUGUGUAACCUUCACUCCGACGGGGCGCGCAGAGAAGCAGCCUUUGAUGUAGAAUAAAAAAUGCGGGCUGCGAUAAUUACUCGGCCGCUGCAUACAUUACAUUAUGACGUCCAUCUUUGACGAGGGCGA